UGACGUAUGAAUUUGCUUAUCCAAGAUGGCGCAUUCCUCGUCGAUUCGUUCAAACUGACAAUUUGUCAGUUUGUUGUUGCUGGUAAUGGUAGUAAUUCGCGCGUAGAUUACGAGUUGGAAGUUUGGAACUUGGAAAUCGAGUAGCAGUCAGUAGUAGUGCUCCUGUACAGUGGUACGCGGCUCGGAAUGGGCUUCCAAGACGUUAUGUAUACAGCAGUCACUAUGCCGUUUAAUGUUAUUCACAAAACGAGUGCGGGGGUCGCCUCGUAUGCUUGGGAUGCAGCCACGUCGGCGACAAGAUAUUUAGGCGGAAAGCAGAAAAUUGAGAUGAAAAUGGCAGCGCCAGUACCUUUAUGGAAAUUAGCUGCUGCUAGCGGUCCGUAUGUGAGGCUUGCAGCUCUCAGCGGUGCAGCAGCUGUGAUCCUUGGCGCCCUUGGAUCCCACCGACAUUACUCUAAAGAUGAGAUAGGACAGGAACAACGUCGGAUCUUUGAAACAGCGAAUCGAUAUCAUUUUAUACACACUUUGGCCUUGCUGGGAUUACCGUUAUGCAAGUUUCCAGCCUUGGCUGCGACUUUUAUGCUCUCUGGAAUCAUACUGUUCUGCGGAAGUUGUUAUUAUACUGCAUUUACCAAUAAUAGACGAUUCAGUUCAACAACACCGAUCGGAGGAUUUUGUUUUAUACUGGCGUGGUGCAGUAUGUUCUUGUAAAUAUCGCUUUAGAAUUAAGUGUUUUUAUACAAGGAAGCAAAUAAGGCAUAAACAAUACAAU